UGAGCCUCAUUCGGAAAGCUGGGAACAUAAAGGACAGAUCAACAGAGCUUUUAAACAAAGCUAGAAAGAGUCCAAAGAAGUUUCAAGCGGCAGGGACCCCUCCUGAUGGCACACAGUGGAUAAGAACUACCUCAAUUUGACAAGAAGUGGAAUUCAAAUUUAACGGUUACAAGUGAGUCCUGUUUUAACUCAGCUAAAAUCAAGCUGCCUGCUCCGACCACACCUUUAUGUUCUCUGGAUCUUGAGAAUGAAGUGAGACCAAACACAGUGACCUGUGAAUCAACUUUUAUUAGUUGCCAUCUGCUGGUCCAGACUUCAAAUAUCUGGAGGAACUAAACCUCGACUGACCAAACAACUCUAUGGCUCAUUAUGACUUGUUGGAUGACAAGGACUCUGUGGAUAUUCAUGACAACCCACCUCUCCCUGAAAACGUGGUGAAAGAGGAGGACAACACGGUGUAUUUCAUCUAUGAUGAGGAGGUGGAAGAGGAAGAGAAAGAUGAACCACUUCCUGCAGAACCAGUCAAGCCAGUCUGUGACAGACCUCACAAGUUCAAGGACCAUUACUGCAAGAAACCAAAGUUUUGUGAUGUCUGUGCGCGCAUGAUAGUUUUAAACAAUAAGUUUGCAUUGAGAUGUAAGAACUGCAAAACCAGCAUCCACCACCAGUGUCAGUCCUAUGUUGAGUUCCAGAGGUGUUUUGGCAAAAUUCCUCCAGGAUUCAGAAGAGCCUACAGUUCUCCUCUCUACAGCAGCCAGCAGAAUGCCACAGUUUCACAGCUGCUGCCCUUUUCACAGUCGAACCGCACAGACCCCGUGUUUGAGACGCUGCGCAUUGGUGUGAUCAUGGCCAACAAGGAGCGUAAAAAAGGGUCAGAGGACAAGAAGAAUAUGAUGAUGAUGGAGGAUGAUGAGUCACAACCCAAACAGGAGGAUGGUGGAGGUGAAGGAGCAAACACAGAAGGAGACAAAAGAGGAGACAAGGCUCCCGCUGAUGACAAGAGUAAAAAACUUCAGCCAGGGAAGAUCGGUGUGUUCGGUCAGUCUCACUACUAUCUGGCUCUGUACCGCUUCAAAGCCAUAGAGAAAGAUGAUCUGGAUGUUCAUGCUGGCGACCGCGUCACAGUGAUAGAUGACUCCAAUGAAGAAUGGUGGAGGUUUUUGCUCCACCAGGGGAAGAUCAGAGAGAGAACGGGCUUCAUACCAGCCAACUACAUUAUCCGAGUGCGAGCAGGAGAGAGGGUCUACAAGGUGACGCGCUCCUUCGUUGGCAACAGAGAGAUGGGCCAAAUCACUCUGAAGAAAGACCAGAUUGUGGUGAAGAAGGGUGAGGAGGUAAACGGCUACCUGAAGGUCAGUACAGGACGGAAGCUCGGCUUCUUCCCUGCAAACCUACUGCAGGAAAUCUGAGGAGGACCAGCAGGCGUUGCAUCAAACUUCCACCCAGCUCUCAUCUCAGCAUCAAUACCACUUUAUUCUUGAAUUUUAACUUCAACACAUGUUGGUAUUUUCCUUUCCCUGUUUGGAAGUCCAUAUAUGACCUUACGAAGGCUGUGUGCAGAAUAUGCUUGGAUGGAUUUACUCAUUGUGCAGAGGAGGUGUUAAAUGGGCGGGUUGGGCCCUGGACAACCUGUAAUCUCCCCUCCACCACCAUAGUUGAUGUGAAAUGAAGAAAUGAAUUCACUGUAAUCAAGCAUGUAUCUGUGAUUUUUAAUAUAAUUAAAAUAGAUGGGUAAUUAUGUCACCUCUUCUUGUAAACUUGUCUGUUACAAUUUUUUGUACAUCUUGCACCAUCAUUGAGUCACUGAGCACUUCACAGAAAUAUAUGAAGGCGUUUUAGUAGUUGGAUUCAUUUUUUGUUACAUUUAAGAGCAGCUGUUCACUUUUAACAGCUAUUUAUACCAACAGUGCUCAGCAUAGUAUUGUAAAUGUUAAAUGAGAGU